AUGGAUAAAAUUACUGAAGAAACCAAGACAACAGUUUUAACAUCACCAAGUCAAGAUCCUGCAUAUACUUUAUACGUGCCUCAUAGUCAACAGCCUGGGGCAGCACAUCAAACGUUCGAUAGGAGAAGCGACAUAGAAUAUACACAGGACAGAGAUUACGUCGAAGGUUCAGAGCGACAUAUCAUAGUCAAUGAAGCGUCGGCAAGGCAAUUACAUUCACAUCCACAAUAUGACUUACACUCGUAUCUUCCACAGAGGAACACACAGGCAAGCGUCAUUGACCAGGUCAGAAAAUGGGCGAUCCGGUACGAUGACAACGGUGACCCCUUGGCGUUCAUAGAGCGAGUGGAGGAAUUAGCGGACGUUUAUGCAAUACCAAUGAACAUGUUGCCCCGUACAAUGCCGGAGUUACUCAAAGGAAACGCACUGGUAUGGUUUAGACAUAAUAAAAGAGAUUGGAUUCACUGGGAAGCGUUUAAAAUGGAUUUCUUGAAGUUUUUCCUGCCACAUCUGUAUUUUGAGCGGUUGGAGGACGAACUAAGGAAUAGACUGCAGAAACCGGGAGAGCCGUUUAAGAAGUAUGUGCUGGAACUACAGAAAUUAAUGAGACAUCUAAAACUAAAUGAAGACGAGAAACUUGAACGAUUUUACAGGAAUAGUUUGGUUGAAUACAAAAUGUAUGUCAAACGCAGGGAGUUUAACACCUUGGACGAGCUCAUUGCGUUAACUAGCGAUUUUGAAUCCUUGAGAAAUGAACAGAAAAAUCUUAAACCAAAAGAAACACCGAUGCUGAUUGAACGACGAGUCAAACCUAUGACAAUUGCUGCCAUCGAGCCUAUAAAUCUAACAACGGCAUGCUUUCGAUGUGGUCAAUCUGGACAUCAAGCGCGCUUGUGUCGAAAUCCACGAGUUUUAUUCUGUUGGCAGUGUGGGAGACGUGGAGUGCGAACUAUUGACUGCUGUCGUAAACAAUCGGGAAACGCGCAAAGUAUCCACGGUCGAGCACUCACAGCCAUGAUUGACACAGGUCCAAGUAAAAGCUUUGUUCGUCCGAACGUAGUACCAUGUAUUACAGGUAACAUCACGGACGUGAACGUAGUAGUCCGGCUCGCUGAUGGCUCACCACGGCAUGUGAAUAACAUCAUUGAUACGUGCUUGCAAAUGGGAAGAGAUGAAUACCAGGUGAGUUUGUUAGUAUUGGAUGGAAUGGUUCAUGAUAUUGUUUUGGGGAUGGACUUUUUGAAUACAGCAUCAAGUACGUUUUGUAUAGGGGAAAAUGUUGUCAAAUUUGGUCAAGUCUCAAAGACCAAUUUGAGUCCAGUCUCAUUAAAUUCCACUUUUGACGAGGAGCAAUGUAUACAGAAGUUCCUAGAAACCGAGUUAGCUGAAUUCAAAACAUUGGAAGGACUUUCUGACAUUGCGUCGCAUUCAAUCACAAUGAAGGACGAUCGCCUCAUCAAACAGAGGUACUAUCCGAGAAACCCGGCGAUGCAAAAAGUGUUGGAUAAGGAAAUAGACGAACUACUCAAACAAGGUUGUAUUGAACGGUCACAUAGCCCAUACAGUUCUCCAGUCGUGUUAGAAAUCAAGUACUUAGGACACUUAGUAACACCUCAGGGCAUUCACACCGAUCCGGAAAAAAUAGCUGCAAUCAAAGACCUUCCACCCCCGUGUAACCUCAAGGAGUUACGAAGAUGCAUCGGUGUCGCUUCGUGGUAUCGCCGGUUUGUACCGCAGUUCUCCAGUACUAUUCAACCGCUAACGUUGUUGCUGAAAAAGGGCAAGCGUUGGCAAUGGACAGAAGUACAACAAGCGGCGUUUGAUGAACUAAAAGAGAAACUAACAAGUGCUCCCGUCUUAGCAUGUCCGAAUUUCAUCGAACAGUUCAUCUUGCAAACAGAUGCCAGUGACUUUGGGCUAGGAGCGAUAUUAACGCAGACAAUAUCAGGAGAGGAAAAGGUUAUCGCAUACGCAAGUCGGACUCUAAAUCCCGCAGAGAAGAACUAUACAACCACUGAGAAAGAAUGUCUGGCAAUAGUCUGGGGCGUAC